UCCAAGAUGGCGUCCGGAGGGAAAAGCCAUGUUCUUCUGACAGGCUCUCCAGGGGUUGGCAAGACGACUAUGUGUAAAAAAGUUUACGAGGCACUUCAAGGAAAAGCCAUCCAGGCCCAAGGAUUUUAUACACAGGAGGUCCGCAACAGUCAGACAGGAAGUAGGGUGGGGUUUGAUGUUGUGACUCUGAAUGGGCAACGUGGACCUUUAGCCAGAACAAAGAGCAAUGUUCAGUUUGCAAGGGCACGAGCAUCACCUUCAGUUGGCAAUUAUGUAGUGGAUGUCAAGUCAUUUGAGCAGCUUGCACUUCCAACCAUUAAGACAUGCACUGAAAAUUCCACCAAGAUUACUCCACAUGGCAAGACAGUGGUUAUAGUAGAUGAAAUAGGAAAAAUGGAACUUUUCAGUCAGAGCUUUAUCAGUGCAGUCCGUGAACUGUUUUUAUCUCCACAAGCUACAAUACUGGCCACUGUACCCAUAACAAAACAGCGACCUAUCCCAUUUGUGGAGGAGUUGAAGAACAGGCAAGAUGUGACAUUGAUUGAGGUCACAAAGAAUACGCGAGAUGAAUUGGUUAAUGAUGUGGUACGGCUCCUCGAAGAUUCCCUCGCCAGAACCUAAAUCAAAGGCUGUCCAUCCUUUCAGUGACCUGUAGUAACCCUAUUUUCAGUGGAAUUUCUACACCAGGAUCAGAAUUUGGGUUUCGCUUGGAACACAAUUGAUGCCACUUUAUGGGGUAGAGUAGCCAGCAGAGCAGGCGUGAUUUUGGCGAGCGAGUGCUCAGUAUUUUCUUGGUGAAAUUUUUCGCUGUCAUCUUUUACUUUUUACAGUCGUAGGAUGCCGGGCAGAGAAAGAAAUGAUUACCAAGGGGGGAUGAAUGACGAUCAAGGCAAGGAGAGGGGAGGGGUAGGGUCACGUUCCCCACUCCCACCGUCCACUCUAACUCUAAAUCAAACAUGGCCGGUUGGAUAAACGAUCUUACAAGCUUGUAUCGCUAACUCGCCUCACAAAGACGCCUACGCCGUUUGCUAACGGAUUGAGCUGAGAUGGCAGAUAUUUUGAGAGGAUUAAUACACAUGUAGUCUUAAGACAAUGAAACUGCUUGAUCAAUCACAAAUUAAUAGACUUUACUGACUCGC